UAUUUGUAAAACAAGGUCAAACCAAAUAAAAUAUGAAAUCCUUGCUUCACAUAAUCAAGGGAGAUCAAAGUCAACGAGUUUUGAGUAUAUCUAAACAUUCACAUUUCCACUGCCUCUUGAAAGACAUUCAAGGCAGAAGAGAUCAUCAGGUUCAAUUAGACUUCCAUGGAAGCCAUCAAGAGGCCUGAAGAUGUUGUUACUGUCAAUGUUCAUGCUGCCAAAGAAUUGCUCAGCUCGGGUUACUUGUACUUGGAUGUAAGGACAAUUGAGGAAUUCAACAAGAGCCAUGUUGACAGUGCCUUGAAUGUUCCUUACAUGUUCAAAACACAAGAAGAAGGUAGAGUGAAAAACCCUGAAUUCCAGAACCAAGUUGCCACCAUCUGCAAGAAAGAGGAUCACUUAGUUGUGGGUUGCAACAGUGGAGGAAGAUCACUAAAGGCCUGCGUUGAUCUUCUAAAUGCAGGCUUUGCGAAUGUGACUAACAUGGAAGGGGGUUACUCUGCAUGGGUAGACAGUGGUCUUGCUGGAGAUAAGCCUGCAGAAGAGCUUAAAACAGCUUGCAAGUUCCGACCCUGAAAUCUGUAUUUGCUUGCUUCAUUUUAUCUCCAAAUAAUUGAACAUUUACAGUUCAAGCUACUGUUCUAUAUCAGUAAAUUUAACUCACAAUUGUCUAACGAUAGUAACUAUCAAAACAAUAACAAUGUCUUCUCAAAGACUAAGUUUCAUGCUUGAUCAAACCAUAACAUGUAGAUCCUUACUACAGAUUUUCCUCUGAUUGCUAAACAACAGAACAAUUUUGUAU